CAAGCUAUGACAGUUGGUAACACAACUAGACAUUUUGUCAAAUUGCCAAUAUGGCUGAAGCAGCAUUAGCACGUCGUGAAGCACGAAGAAGAAAAAUAUUAGAGAAUUCUCAUAACAGACUUCAACUUAUAUCGGGAAAAAAUGACAAUGAAAUUUGUAAAGAAUCUUCGAUCAAAGCGCCAAUACCUGAACCGAUCCUUGAGCACUCGAUUUUUCAAGAAAGCAGCAGUUCCAACAAGUGUGCUCUUAACAAUGGCGUAAUAACUACUGGAGAUCCAUUUGGUUUUGUGUCAACGAAUCACGACAAUUUUGUAAUAGGUGAUGGAGAUGUCACCAUUCCAAGUCAUGACAUAGCAGCUUUUUUACCCGCGACAACUGAACCAACGCCACAGUCUCCACCGUUAAUGGAAAAAUUAGUUAGCUACAAAUACGACGUAGUGCUAAUAUCCUUAUUAAUUCAAUUGUUUUAUAGUUUUUCGUUAGUAACAUUUGAUAAUACAUACUUCUUUCUUCCCAUAGUUUUAUAUGUCACAACAAAAUUAAUAUGGUUCCCAAAGCAACAAAGUUCUAAUUUUGCCAAUGCCCUUUUACUUUUAAAUGGUAUGUCAGCCAGUAGAGUACAGAGAAUUAUGUCAGUCACACAAUGGAUAAGUGCAUUCUCUCAGGAUGUGUGUGUAUAUUUAUUCACAAUUAUAUGUGUACAGUCCCUUUGUGAGAGUGUGAGAAGCAACAUGUAGGAUUUAAUUUUAACUGUUUAACUACAAAUUCAGGACGACUGAACAGUUCUAUUUAAGCAAGCUAAGGUUACUGGGAAUGUAUCAUAGUUUGAUUGCUUGUGCCUUUAUAUGUAAGUGAGAUGUUGUGACAAGUGUGCGUUUUAGUCACAUAUUGCCAUUAUAGUUUUAAAUUUGUAAGUUUGUACAUAGUGAAAUAGAAAAUUUUUGUAUAAUCAAAUAGUAGUUAUAUUUUGUGCACUUGGUAUUUUCGGGGAUGUGUAAUUUGUAUUUUUUUUUUUCAUUUAUUUGUUCUGAUAUUAUGUCAAUAAGUACUGUGAUGAUAUCAUGUUUUUCUAUGGGGAAUAUUCAUUCUAUGAUAAAAAUAUUAGUAAUAUUACAUUUUCCACUACUUGCAUUUAAUAUGGAAUAUAUUUGUCUAUUUUUGUAUUUUUUCUAUACUUAUGAUGACAUUCAUGUAAAUUUUUAAGCAUCUCAUCCUGUUUUUUAAUGGAAAUUGUGUAAAAAAAUCUUUAAAUAAACUUGUAAAAUUAAUACAUUAAUGAUAAUAGUUAAAUAAUGAUUAUGGUCUUUUUAGUUUUAUCAUAUAAUUUGUAUAUGUAUAAAUUUUAUUAGCAUUCUUGUAAUACAUUUCUUCCAAGUUUUAUUGUAAAUGUUAAUAUAUAAAUGACAGCUGUUAUACUGCAUUUAAAGGACACUUAAAACUGAAUGUGUAUCAUGGCAGUUUGUGACUGAAAACAGAAUUUGUAAUCUUCAAUUGGCAAUAUUUAUAACUUAUGGCUUAUUUGCUCAACAUAACUUAUUCUAGGCACUUGUUAUGUAUAUUGCAUGUAUGAUAUGACAUUUAUAACGUUAUGGGUUCUUGCAGAAAUUUAUAAUCAAAGUACAACAGACACUUAAGCUGGCAUCAAACCAAAGACUUAGAAAGUUAAUGAAUAAUUCACAUAUAAUAGUUAUUUAUGUAUUCUAUUAUUUUAUUCAUGUAUAUUUGCUUUGUCAUGCUUUUAUUUUUAAUGCUGAUGCAGUUUAUUUCUUUAAUACAAAUAAUACCAGCUUAAUGCCUGUUGUUGUAAAUAGACAAUGAAAUAUAAAUAAAAUAUUUAUUUUAAUUAUAUUUUGUAACAAACUUUUGAAAUAAAAAAUUGCUCUAACAAUGUU